CAUAUAUACACUAUUUCCAUUAGAAUUCACAGUAUUAUAUUUUAUACUGUAAUCAUAUUUGUUUUUCUUGUAGUUUUCUCUUCUCCAUAGAAAAAAAAAACUAAUCAUCUAUCAUAUCAAUAUAGGCUCAAAUCAAAGGAAAAGAGAGAAACACAAAACACAGAGAUAAAAUCUCUGGUACUUUGAUGAUGAAAGUUGAAUGCUUUCAUUUCCAUUUCCAUUGAAGAGAGAAAAUCUAAUCAGAGGUUCGGGAUAUCUUCUGGUACUGAUGGUGUGGUCAUGUUGGUUUAAUCAAUCAGCAAUGAGGCUCAACAAUUCGGAAUUGCCCUCUGUUGAACUAAGGAAUUCGACCAUCUUCUUUCAAAAUGAACUGAAAUCUGCCCAGGUUUUAGAAUUGUCAUGGCUGGUAUUAAUGAUAAUGUUGCUAUUAUUGGAGACUGGAUACCUCCUACUCCCAGCCCAAGAACAUUUUUUGCAGCUCUGUUAGGUGAUGAUAUUGGCUCAAAACCAGUCUCAGAAACUCAUGGGGAAAAUAAAACUGAGGGACUCUUUCUGGGAUCUCGAGGGAUAAUGACAGCAGAGAAUAGUGACAAUAAGGAUGCUCACCAAGGUCAUGAACAAUUGAAAGAAUUUGGGUCGAUUUCUGAGCAAAAAUCCAGUUCACGGGGAGGUCUGGUGGAAAGGAUGGCAGCCAGAGCUGGAUUUAAUGCUCCAAGAUUGAAUACUGAAAGCAUCAGGUCUGCUGACCUUUCACUUAACCCUGAAAUUUGUUCUCCUUACUUGACAAUACCUCCUGGUCUCAGCCCAACAACACUGCUAGAAUCUCCAGUUUUCGUCUCAAAUUCGUUGGCACAGCCAUCUCCGACUACUGGAAAAUUCCCUUUUAUUCCUAAUGGUAAUGGUCGGAGUUCUUUCUCGGAGUCCUCUGAUAAAAGUAAAGAUAACUAUUUUGAGGACAUCAAUGCAUCAUCAUUUGCAUUCAAGCCUUUUGCAGAAUCAAAUUCCUCUUUUCUCCUUGGUGCAAUGAGCAAAAUUACUCCAGCCAGUGUUCCUCAGCAGUCAUUUCCAAAUAUUGAGGUUUCGGUUCAGUCUGAAAAUCCCCUUCCAUCUCAAAAUGUAGACCCAGGGAAAGUCCACUCUCAGAACAGCAACAGGCCCUCCCUUCAGGCAGAUUUCUCUAGAUCAUCAACUGAAAAAGACACUGGGAGUAACAACUCUGCAGAUCAAAGGGUCUUUGAUCCUGUUGGUGGGACUGCUGAAAAUUCACAGCCUCUUGAUGAGCCACAGGAUGAAGAAGGAGAUCAAAGAGGUAGUGGGGAUUGCAUGGCUGGUGGUGUUGGCAGUGCACCAUCUGAUGAUGGAUAUAAUUGGAGAAAAUAUGGACAAAAACAAGUAAAAGGCAGUGAGUAUCCUCGUAGUUAUUACAAGUGCACACAUCCAAAUUGUCAGGUUAAGAAGAAGGUGGAACGUUCUCAUGAAGGUCACAUAACAGAGAUCAUAUACAAGGGAGCUCACAACCAUCCCAAGCCUCCACCCAAUCGCCGAUCAGCCAUUGGAUCAUCCAACCCACUAACUGACAUGCAACCAGAAGUCCCUGAACAACCUGGCCUUCAGAAUGGUACUGAUGGUGAUCCUGUUUGGGCAACUGGACAGAAGGGAACAGUUGCUGCUACUCAUGAUUGGAGGCAUGACAGCAUUGAGGUGACAUCAUCUGCACCUGUAGGUCCUGAGUAUGGCAAUGUGCAGGCCCCAAAUGGCACUCACUUUGAAUCAGGUGAUGCAGUCGAUGCCUCAUCUACCUUCUCUAAUGAUGAAGAUGAAGAUGAUCGGGGGACACAUGGCAGUGUCUCAUUAGGUUAUGAUGGUGAAGGAGAUGAAUCUGAGUCAAAGAGAAGGAAAAUUGAAGCUUAUGCACCAGAAAUGAGUGGAGCCACGCGAGCUAUUCGUGAGCCUAGGGUUGUGGUCCAGACAACCAGUGAGGUGGAUAUCCUAGAUGAUGGAUAUCGGUGGCGCAAGUAUGGCCAGAAAGUAGUGAAAGGAAAUCCAAAUCCAAGGAGUUAUUACAAAUGCACUAGUGCGGGCUGCACAGUGAGGAAGCAUGUGGAGAGGGCAUCACAUGACCUCAAGUCAGUAAUUACUACCUAUGAAGGAAAGCACAACCAUGAUGUUCCUGCUGCUCGUAGUAGCAGUCAUGUCAAUUCUGCUACCUGUAGCACAGUAACUGCCCAAGGUGCUUCCUCUGUCCAAACACAUGUCCACAGGCCGGAGCCAUCACAACUUCACAACAGCAUGGUUAGACCUGCAUCAUUUGGUCCAUAUACCCUGCCUGGAAGGCAGCAGCUGGGGCCUUCUCCUGGCUUCUCCUUUGGAAUGAAUCAACCAGGCCUGGCCAAUUUGGCAAUGGCUGGGUUGGGUCCUGGCCAAGCUAAGCUGCCAGUUCUGCCUGUUCAUCCAUUCAUGCCUCAGCAACGCCAGAUGAAUGAAAUGGGUUUCAUGCUGCCAAAAGGAGAACCAAAGAUGGAGCCAAUGUCUGAACCUGGUUUGAAUCUUUCAAACAACUCAACAGUAUACCAGCAAAUUAUGAGUAGGCUGCCUCAGAUGUAAAUUUUCUGUCUUUUACUCCCUUAAAAAUUUCUCUUUCAGUUGUUCUGAGAAAAAUAGAAGCAUUUAUGUUUCAAAUAUAUAAAUGAGCGUUUCAUCAGUGCUCGAUCUUCCUUGUUAUUCUAUUGAUUUUUGGUGACAUGAACAUAAGUUGAAAUUGUUACGAGAGAUUAUGUUUCGAAUAUAUAAAAGAGCAUCUCAUCAGUGCUCGGUCUCCUUAAUUAUUCUUUUAA